UUAAGCCUUGAAUUGAACGAACCUGCGGCACAACAGAUAUAUAUAUCUAGCGCACCUCCGUAUGUCUAUUCUCCUUUGUCUGCGGUCUGUCAACGUACAAGCUACUUUCUUGUUCUCCCUUGUUGUUACUUCUGAGAAUCUGAUCGGCCUACGCAAAGAUGGCCUCACUGAAAAACUUAAACUUCAUCACCGGCAACAAAAACAAGCUAGCAGAAGUGAAAGCGAUAUUAGGGACUGUGAUCGACGUUGAAAACCAAGCAGUUGACCUUCCUGAGAUACAGGGUACGAUAGAAGAAAUUGCCCGGGAGAAAUGCCGACGUGCAGCAGAAGUGGUCGGAGGCCCGGUGUUGACGGAAGAUACUGCGCUUGAAUUUCACGCCCUCAAAGGACUGCCUGGCCCAUAUAUCAAAUCAUUUCUCGAUGCCCUAGGCCAUGAAGGUCUGAAUAAAUUGCUUGACUCAUUUGAGACCAGGGCUGCGGAGGCUGUCUGCACCUUUGCCUUUUCCAGCGGACCCGGUUCGGAUCCAAUCUUAUUCCAGGGUAGAACUGAGGGAGCUAUCGUGAGACCAAGGGGCCCUGCAAAUUUUGGCUGGGACCCGAUUUUUGAGCAUCAAGGCAAGACUUACGCUGAAAUGGACAAAGAAGAGAAGAACCGUAUCUCACACAGAUAUAAAGCCCUGGUCAAAUUGCAAGAUUGGUUGGCCGACAGACGUCCUUGAUAUGACCUGCAGAUUUCACGAUACGAAUUGGUGUCGGUUU